AUGGAGGGUGAUCUUCAAAAGUCUAAAUCUUUGCGCCUUAAUCGAAGAGGUGAUAGAAGCAAUCAAAAUCUUCAAGAGAAAGGUGAUGUAGAUUUUGAAGUGGGACUCUUUUCUUCGGGGAGGGUACCCCAAGAUUACCCCAUGAAGAUUGUUUGGAAGAAAGGGUUUAUUCGAUUGGUUCUCGUAGGAGGGAUCUUGUGGAUGUUGUUAAUUCUUAUUGCAUUGUUGUUUCAUAUAUGGUCUUGUCAAACUUCUGUCUCCUUUUUAUCAGCCAUGUGUAACAAAAAUAGCAAGGUUUACACCAUGUUAGACACUAUGGGACUUGUAACAAAACCUCACAGAUGUCCGAUUCCUGUUUCUGAUGACCCUGAUAAAAUAGUUACCCCUACUGGAAGAACUUCCGACAAAAUUGUCAAAAAUUUAUCGUAUGUUAUCGAAGAUGAUGUUCCAAAUGAUAGUUCCGAGUCGUCUCCUCUAUUUGGAGGUCAUCUUAGUUGGAAACAGAGGGAGGAGAGUUUCAAACUAAAGUCAAAUAUGAAGGUGCACUGUGGAUUUAUCAAAGGUGGCGGUGCUGAAAUGGAUCCUGUAGACAUUAAAUAUGUCGAGAAAUGCAAAUUUGUUGUUGCAUCUGGCAUUUUUGAUGGCUAUGAUAUACCUCAUCAGCCGUCAAAUAUAAGCCUUCGCUCAGAGAAACUUUUUUGCUUUCUUAUGGUUGUGGAUGAGGUAUCUCUGAAAUUCAUGAGGGAAAAUAGUACUGUGAAAGAAGACAACGAUGGUGGAAAAUGGGUGGGAAUUUGGCGACUUGUUCUUCUUAAGAAUCAGCCUUAUGAUGAACCAAGAAGGAAUGGGAAGGUUCCUAAAAUUAUAACACACAGGUUGUUUCCUCAAGCACAGUAUAGUAUAUGGAUUGAUGGUAAAAUGGAGCUGGUAGUUGAUCCGUUGCUUAUCCUUGAGAGAUACCUAUGGCGAGGGAAAAAUACAUUUGCCAUUGCUCAACAUAAGCAUCAUCGUAGUAUUUACGAGGAGGCUGAUGCAAACAAGAGGCGAAAGCGAUACGCGCGGCCACUUAUUGAUCUCCACAUGAAAAUAUAUUAUUACGAGGGGAUGCAACCAUGGAGUUCAAAUAAAAAGACUAUUAGUGAUGUACCAGAAGGAGCAAUUAUAAUUCGAGAACAUACUGCAGUGAAUAACUUGUUUAGCUGCCUGUGGUUUAACGAGGUUCACCUAUUCACGCCGAGAGAUCAACUGAGUUUUGGCUACGUUGCGUACAGAUUAGGGGACGCGUUCAAUUUCUUCAUGUUUCCAAACUGUGAAUACAACUCGAUAUUUGUGUUACAUCCUCACACAAGAGAGCACUCUUCUCCCAUAGAAUGGGUUAAAGAGUUGGAUCAACUUAAAAAGAACAGCAAUUUAAAAGAAAGUAGGGGAGGAUUAGGCUUGUUUACAUCUUAUCCUGGGGAUCUUAAUUCAGUUGUUCUGCCACAAAUAACAAGAACAUCAAAAGCUGGAUGA